AUGGCAUCGACGGCAGGCGGCACAGCACAGAGUUUUCAGACAAGGCCGGCCGUGGGCAACCCCGCUCGUCGUGUGGUGUGCGAGUGCGCCAUGGAGAAUGGCUGGGCCGUCGUGGGUGUAUGGAGGACUAGAGAGCGGGCUUGCGUUAGUGACCCGGGGUGGGCGACAAUUUGCCCCAGCAUAAGAAGUAGCUCAGGCACUCGAACAGGCGACCAGGGCCCUUGUCACCGGCCGCGCGACGACAGUUGGAGGAACGUAAUCCAGUCUGGCGGAGGACAAGGCCAUGGAUGGAUGGAUGGAUGCGUUCGCACGUCGCCGAAGCGUGCUAGUGCAUGGGAUGCAUCGCAGUGUGUCGGCAGGUACCGGGCUCCUGCCCCAAGGCCGGGUGCGGGCAAAGGCAGCAAGAGAACGAGUGCGAGAGCGGGUGGGGGUCUAUCCAUGUCGCUGACCAGAGGCUCGCGUGUUUUGGGAGAAAGCGGGAGUUGGAUGCGAUGGGGCGUCGUGGGUGCAGGAGACCUUCGUCCCCAGCUCAGCUCACGCGACCAUGUGACUUGCCUAACUGCCUCGUCCUCUAUCCGCCUCGGCAUCGCCCCAUGGCUGGCCUGGGCUGCCGUCAUCGUGCAGCAAGUCACGUGUCGACGGGAACAUGCUCCGCGUGCACCCAAACACUGGGACAUGGGGAAGAGUCAUGUGACAUCUGUGUAG